UUAUCUGACAUAUAUAUUAUUCCAUAACGUGUCAAUUUGUGUGUGUGUGUGUGUGUGUGUGAGUGGGUUGAGCAGUGCCAGGUCGUGCUGGGAAGGGAGGGCGGCCGGCUGGCAGACUGUCUGGCUUCAGUUUUGGUCAGUACUGGUCAGUCUUGCCCCACAAAAUCAGUGUUUACGUCUUCCCGUCAGCUUCUACCGGCACCAAGCACCACCAGAGAGGCACGAGUAUGUAAGGCACCCACAUUGCCAUCAAGGCCUGAAGAGUGGAUGAAGCCCUCUACUUUGACUGGAAAAGUUAUCACUCCUCUGAACAUCUAACUUGUUUGUGAUGUGAAUGGAGUGAUCCUCAGCUACUGCUUCAGAUUCCCAGCUACCACCUCUUGAGGAUGAAGCAGUGCCCCAUGCUGAUACCAUGCUGUAGAGGGUCAACAUGCUCCAGCCAGAAUUGUGUAGUAAGAAAUCAUACAAAACUUCUUCCAGCAAUGAAGUAAGGAAGUGAGGUCCUUCUCAGCCGGUUUGGAGUGGGAGGGAGGUGAUCCUUCAGUGAGUAGCAGCAGGAGACCUGAGAUGCCUCGGGGCAGCACCUGCAAGGCCAAGGGAUGCACCUCUAACAAGAACGAUAACCCCGAGCUGAGUUUCCAUUCCUUCCCAAGAAACAAGGAAAGGUUCAAGUUGUGGUGUGAGUUGAUUAAACGGCCUGACCUUAACCAUGGGAAAGCCAUCUCGAGCCGCAUGUCCAUGAGGGUGUGUUCCCUUCACUUUGAGGACCACAUGUACAUGAGUCCCACCAACAAAUCUCGGCUGAUUUGGUGUGCUGUUCCCAAACCUGUGGAAAUAAAAGUGUCAGAGAGAGAAGAGAAGGCUCCUGUGGCUUCCUUGCUGCCAGAACUUGAUGCUAAUGAAAAAAGUUAUUCAUAUUCCUCUUGUCCGGAAGACAUCAUAAUUAAAGAAGAGAGUGUUAUGGAUGAAGACUCCUGUGAUGAUGUCUCUCCACCUUCUUACUGUCCAGAAAGCUCAUCUGCAGAGUUUUUAGCUGACAGCAAAGUGGGAAUUCUUGAACACAGCCAAUCAGGACAAUGUGUCAGAGAAGGAGCAGAUUCAAAAUCACGUCUAGAUAAUCCAGAAAGUGGCCAAGCUUUAUGCUCUGCAAAGACUGAAAUUUUGGGACCUGUGACAGAUGCCUCAGUGUCUUUUGACAGUUUAGUCCUACCACCAGAUGAUAAUUUUGAGAUCAUAUCAAUUCAAGAAAAGAAUGUUUGCUCUUUAAAGGAGGAUGUUAUAGAUGGACCAAGAAAGCCUGUCAAAGAGAUGGACAGUAAUCAAGAUAGCAUUAUGUGCAUAUCUAGUGAACCACUAAACUCUGGAAGUCAAAUGGACAAAACCAACAACCCUUCCUCAAGGCUAUCACUGCCCAUAGAUAGUAGUACCACUUCUGAAACAAAAAUUACAAUAUCUAAUGUAAAAAAAUUUUCACUAUCUCAUAAUCUUGCAAAUGCAUCUUCACAGUCUCAGCCAAAGAGUACAAGUUCUCAGUCAUCAAUCUCUCCAUCAAAAUCUUUCUCUGUUUCCCAACUGAAUGCUCCAAACAACUGUAGUAUAGUUUUGCAAGAGUUUCCUUCAAGGCAUCAGUCCAAGCUCUUCAAUUCUGAUUCUACUGAACCCUUUGCUGACACAAUCAGUAUGAAAGAAAACUUUUGUGAGAAGCUUGAAGUUAAUGAAGAAACCAUUAAUGAAAGAAAGAGUAAAUGCGGGGAGGACUGUGGCUGUGACAAGUGUUUUGCAGCAGCUGAAGUCAUGAAGGCAACCUCACGACGCACAUAUUCUGGUCCUAUCCGACGUCAAAUAGUGAGGACCAAAAGUGGUGCCAAAAGAACAAUUAUGAUUGUGAAGAAAGCAUCUUUAAAGAAUUUACGAGCUAAAGGCCUCAUUCAACCCAUAGGAAAGAAAUAUACAGCAAAUCAAACACAUUCUCUGCAAUCUUCCAAAAAGAACAUCAUCCAGUAUGUCUCCCUUAGCACCAAUGAUCCUUCAAAUAAUCCCUUAAAGUGUUCUCAGUCAGAGGAUUCUCUUCCUUUGAAAGAAGCAGACUUAUGCAGGAAGAGUUCAUCUAUCCAAACACAGCUAAAUGCUGAUGAUAACUGUGAUGGAUAUUCUUCAAGUACAGACUCUGUGGAUGAACCUGAGGUCUCUAGUCAUGCAACUCAAACCCCUAAUCCUCAGGCUGUAAAUCAAAACUCACAAGUUCCUGUUAAAGUGUCAUUGGCACAAACUUCUAUUCCUCAGUCUAUAAAUCAAGACACACAAGCUCCUGUUACAGUUCCAUUAGCACAAACUCCUAAUCCUCAGUUUGUAAAUCAACACACACAAGCUGCUGUUACAAUGCCAUUGGCACAAACUCCUAUUCCUCAGUCUGUAAGUCAAGACACACAAGCUCCUGUUACAGUGUCGUGGGCACCUGUGAAUGGGUCAAAUUCUUUAUCUUUCACAUUCACUGUUACACUUCCUCCAGGGUUCAGCACUCCUUCAGGCAUUAGUCAUGACUCUCUGCAAAAAGCAACAUCAUUGUUAAAUAAUACUGCUCAAUGUACAGUUAGUCAACCUAAUUUACAAACUGAAGACCCUAAUCAAAGGUCAAGCAGCCAUUCAUUAAGCAACUCAGGCAUACCUCCAGACCAGAGAAUAAAAGGAAGUAAAGAAUUAGUAUCACCGCAUUCUAUCACAACUCGGGAUUCUUGGCAAAUUGAUACACCAACUGCAUUAUCAAAACAUUUACUCCCAUCUCCUAUAAUGAACACUUAUAAUCCAAGCAAAGUAAUUGACAAAAACAGUGAUAGCCACUCAUGUGAAACUAUGAGCCCAAUAAUAAAUACAUCCCCAGCAAUGCUUACACAAGAACAUCUUGGCCAUCGCCCCAUUCAUGUCACCAUUCCUGAUUUAGCCUGUGAGGCAACCAGUGAGGAGAACAAAAUCCACAGCACCAGAAAUCCUAGAGAAAGGAGAGAGGGUGAUCAGCCAAGUAAAACAAGACCCAAGAAUAGAGAAAGUAUACAGUGGAUUGCUGUGCCUUCUGCAUCUGUUCAUCAGUCUCCCCCUCCAUCCCCUGGAGCACCUGAACCAAUAGGUGAACCAGAUUUAACCAGUGACUGUCAGAUGUUGAACACAACUCCUCAUUCUUCAAAGCAGUCUAGUGCUGCACUUGGAACCUAUUCCAUUUCAUCACUAGAUCAGAGAGUUCCAAGGAUGCAUUGUCCAACCCUCUACAGAGGAGCCAACAAAGAGCUCAAACGUAAAUAUACUUACCUCUUGAAUAAACAUAGACAAAGGUAUUAUGCAUUACUGAAAAAGUACAAAAUCCUUGAGGAAAAAUAUACUCCACUUAAGGAUGUUGGAACACCUGAGCAAAUAAUAAGAGAUGCUCGUAAGUUUUUAUCAGAAGAACAUCUCCUUUUCCUUGAAAGCCAGAUGUUUUUAAGGAACCGACCUGGAACAGGUAAUAGAUUCUCAAGAAAAUUUAUGAACCUCAUGCUGAAAUAUUAUAAGCGGAGUGGAGCUGGUUAUAGAUACUUGAGGACAAUAUUCACCAUCCCAUCAAUGAAGACCAUCCAGAAGUAUGUUGCCAAGUCAAUUGAUUCUUGGAAUGAAGAUGCACUUGCAGGCUCAAGGGAGGACUGCGAAGCAGGCAGUGAUGAAGUUUAUUCAUCACACAAGAAGAAGGCUGAAGAUAUUUGUCAAGACUCCAGUUCAAAUGAAACUCCUUCAAAAGCAAAUGCAUCAGCUCAAAGUGUGGAGUAUGAAGAUAACUCGGCUAAUCAUUGUGAUUCAGAAGAAUCUAGCCUUGAAGGAAUGGAAGUAGAGGAAAGUGAACAUAAGAGUUGACUUAUUGUCAUGAUGAAUAGGCAUCAUGCAAUCAUGACCUCAUGGAGGACACAGUCAGGGAGUGAAGAGUGACUAAUCAUUUAUUGCAUUAUGCCAGAACUAUAUUUAGAAUUGGAUACCCAGAGUCAGUGAAGAUGAAGUGAAAGUGGUCAAGGCCUGCCUUUGGUGAACAUAAAUGUUUUCUGAUUUCAUAUAUUAACUCUUUGCACCUGCUCAAUAUUUACAGCCAAAGCAGGAUAUGAUGCAUACAGUAUGUUGUUUAUUUCCUUAUCCUUGUUUAAUAUUCUUACAGAUGUGGGAGGGGAGGUUUUUAAUUUUUCAUAAAAUGGGGAAAAUGUCAGGUGUGUUCUUUGUCUUACAGAAAUAAAAGAAGAAUGAUAGAAGUGUACCAAAUACACAAAUUGAGUAGGAUAGGAAGACAAUGAAUCAAGCCAGGAAGAUUUAGGUUCAUCUGGGCAGGCCUUGAUCCCUGUAGUGGCUAUUAUUUUGAUGAUAAGAGUUUAUAAUUCAUAUAUACAUUCUCUCUCUCUCUCUCUCUCUCUCUCUCUCUCUCUCUCUCUCUCUCUCUCUCUCUCUCUCUCUCUCUCUCU